AAUCAAAAUACAAGAAGCAAGAAGCUCAGCCCUCGACUGAACUGCGUGCUCUUGAGACGCUGCUGAAAUCAGCUGAGGACUACAUGGAUGAGGCAGAGGACGAAGCCGAAUUGAUGGAGAAAGACGUCAAAGCAGUUGACAUUAUUACGAUACUGUGACAAUGACAGCCCCAAUGGAGAGAAUUCAAAUUUUAGACGCCAUCGAAAAAGACAUUAUAACGUGCCUGCAGAGUGCAGGUCAAGCACUUAUUGAAUUAAGCAAAGAGAAGUCCAGUUUAAAACAAGCAGAAAGCCAGACUCAUCAGUUUCUCAAGACUUUAGGUCACGUUGAAUCGAAACUUACAGAACAGAUAAACUAUCUAACACAAGUUUCAACUGGUCAGCCUCAUGAGGGCUCUGGUUAUGCAUCACAAAAGGUUCUCCAGAUGGCGUGGCACCGAUUGGAGCACGCACGGAGCAGAGUCAAUGAACUGGAGCGAAUUAAGAAUAAACAUUUACAGGGAAGGGCCUUGUUGCGCCCCCAGCCACAGCAAAUUAACCAGAACCAGCAAAAUGGCUUACAGGCAGUAGCAAAUGCUCACGGUUCAGGCACUACCGGCUGAAACGUCAGAACCUAAUAAAUAAUAGAAUCAAAGAACAAUCUGACACAGACUUGAAGGAGUGAAGUGUUACAGAGUAUUCGGUGAUCAGACAGAUGCCAUUCUCUGAAAAUUUCAUCUUCGCUGCUGUGAAAUCCUUGUGUCUCAACAUUUCAUCAGUUAUCCAUCCAUAUAUAUAUAUAAUUUAAUUUAUCUCUAAAUGCUAUUGACAAUGGUGUUGAAUUACCAAUUCCAAUUUUUUGGGCCCUCAAAAAACUACUAUGUUUCAGGAGAUGACUCUUCCCCUAUCCUCAGGUGAACCUACAGAAUUUGACCUGUUACAAGGAGCUAAUCUCGAUCUGUGGAUACUGAGCAAUGGGCUCAGUAGCCUAUCUUUGAACAUCUGGAUUAUAUAGGCUAUCGAGCCCUCAGUGUCUGCAGUUUUAAUGGGCCCAGCUGUGUAGGUUGAACUGAGGAUGGGGGAAGAGCAAUCUCCCAAAACGUUGUGGUUUUUUGAGGAAGCAUAAUGAUGAUUGGUGAAAACCAAAAAUUGGAAUUGGCGAUAUAUAAUUUUACUUAGUAAAAGAUCAGUUUUAAGAAUAGAUUCUGUAAGGUCAUUAGUGGUAUAAGAUGCGUGCUGUGCUGACAUCAUUGGAAUUCUGUAUGUUAAUGAGCAUUUUCAAAGUAAGUCUGCUCGUAUCAUUGCAAAAAUAAAUGUGUAUAAAUUUUGUAAAGCACUAAUAUCCUUUUUGUUGUUGAUAGACUCCCAUCUUGAAAACGUCAUGGUUUUUAUUGAUUUUAUUUAAUCUUGGACAAUGGAUAAUGUCCAGAAAACAAUUUGCUUAAUCCAUACUUCAUUGUAGAUUGAAAAUAGGCACAAUAAACUGAUUUGAGUGUGUUAGUGUUGCUAAUAGUGUAACUUGCCUACUGUAUAUGUAUGGAUAUAAUGUAACAUCUGUGUCCUGUGU